AUGGUGUUUUUGUUUGAGAGUAGGAGGUUCUUUUGUGUGGGCUACCCGUGCCGCAUCUUAUCCUCCGCUCGACCUUGGCCACUCCCACCCCAUGCCUUGCGCCCAGACGGCGCUGCCAGUUCCCCGCCGCCCGCCGUCGGCCAUCUCUUCGCGCCGCCCGUCGUCCACCCUCACUCCCCGCCGACCGCCGGCCGCCCUCGUUCCCCGCUGCCACUGGUCCACCCGCCCACCUCCCCGCUGCCACCACUCCACCCGCCCACCUCCCCGCCGAGCUCAAAGUCCCGGUCAUUGAGGUGCGCGCCGAGCGCCCCGAGCGCGAAGCCAAGGAUCUGGUCGUCGAGCAUCCUCCUGGCGCAGCUGUGCGUCCAAAUCUCGCACUUGAGCACGUUGACCCUCCCGAGUCGAAUGCAGAACGGCGGGAGGCGCUCGUCGAAGCGCGGGCUGGCGCUGCCCCUCGUCGUGACGCGCGUGGAGAGGGACGCGUCGUCGUCAGGCGACGAGACGCUUCCAUGUGGAGGAGCUUGUGCUGUUGGUGCUUCUACUGUUCUGUGGAAGUGCUAGAAAGGGUAAAAGAAAUCUUCAUGCAGUGAUGUGUUCCUAUAGAAAAAAAAGCUAUGACGGAAGCCAGAUGUGUUUGGAUAUAAGUAGCUCGGAGCUGCAUGAAAACAAUGCCUGGCCCGUUGGUACCUGAUACUUUUUUUUUAUGUUCACGGUGUCACUUCAAACACCCCGUUGUAAUGAAAGAUGGUCUCUACGUUUGGUAUGAGUGACUGAUGGAGAAGUUUGAGGAGGAUCCUUUGGUAAUAUGAUCAAUGGUUUGUUAUGUAAAGCUUAUGAUCACUGUGGUUGUGUUUCUGUUUCAUAAUCCUGGUGAUCUUAUUCUGGUAUGGGGUUGUGUGCUUAGAGCUCUGUGUUUAGUUUUCUGUAGGAUAACCAUAUGUUGUAAAGUUGGCAUGGAUGCUCAAGAAGUCCAGUCAGAAGUGAUCCUGGAUAAAGUACAGAAACAAGUAAAGAAGGGUGAGGAAUGUCGGUUA